UAAAACCAAAUAAGAUGCAAUCCUUUCCAUUUUGUCUGCCAGAAUUAUCAUCUAAACCAGGGAAUAUUACUUUUCAAAGCUGUAUCUAUGGAAUCUCAUGGAAUGUUAUGCUUCAUGUGAGCAACAACGUGCGGGCCAGCUGUAAUUAAUAUCUACGUGUGGUCAGGGUCAGCGGUUCGAACACGGCGGGAGGGACUGUUGGCGGCGUGUCUCGGUCUCGGGAUGUCUUCGUCCUCAUCGCGGCGGCACCGGCUGGCGGAGGACUUGAUGCUGACAGUGAUCUCACUAUAGGAUCUCCCAGUCCAAACCUUUACUUACCUUCUUUUGUCCAAAAUGACACCAAGCAUGAGUCCAAAUGCAGGGUUAAGUAGCUCUGUGAAAAGAGCCUGUAAUUCUGAAGAGUCCUUGCCUACAGUCAACGGCAGAGCCCCUGAGGAUGAUCAUACACCUGUUGGAUCACCUAUUCUUUUGGAGGAAGUGGAGAGUUCUCCUGUACAUAUGUUACAUUUGGAUGGCCAGAGUACUGCUGCAGUGAAGGGCUGCUUGGAAGGUGAAAAUUUGGAAGACCUUGAAACUGCAAGAGAUGAGCAGGUUGAUCUCCUGCAAGGAACAGAACGUACUGCUAUGUCUUCUGUACAGAAAGAGAAGUCUUUUGCUUUGAUGGCCUUAGCAGCUCCAGCACCAGGAACACUUGGAGAAAGGUAUUCAGCCUCAAUAUCACAGCCAUUACUGGCUCCUGUCAAAGAUCAAGCUAUAGAAGUAGAAAAAGAGCUUGUGAUUAGUGGAAUAGUGUGUCCAGAAACAGAACCUCCCAGGAAGAUUAAACAGAGGAAGCGUGGUCUUAGAAAGAAGAGAGAUGAAACAAAGAAAAGCGGACCACUUUGCCUUUGUGUCAACAUGGAAACCAUGAACUUACACGGACGGGCUUUUGCUCACAGAAGCUGGAAUGUCUUCGCGUUCAACGGGUUCAUCACCGAAACACAGGCAGAAGCGUUUCCACAAGCGUGGUAAUGACUUCAGAAGGAUGGGGGAGAGAGUCACUGUCAAUGCCUAACUAGGUUCCGGGUGGAGAAGAAUCUGCCUAGCUCUGGAUGGCCACACAUUAUGCCCAGGGAAAAGGGUUUCUCGCUUCUGGCACUGUCUGGCCUGCUUUGGACACUCUACAGGUGCGGACGGUGUUUUGUUGAUCUCCAAAGAGGUAGCCUGGGGAAACAAAGAGCAUGCAGGCUGUUUUGGCGGGGCUUCGAGCGUCUUUUCGUGCAUCUGCUGAUCGAGCUCUCCACGUUGGCAGCUCUCCUCGGAAGCGCAACUAGUACACACUUACAUAAGGAAUUGAUUAGUGUCUUACUUACAAUACAUAUAUUAAUUUCUAGUCAAAUAUAAGCUAAACACCCUGCUUCUAGACAACUUCAUCUUCUGUCUCCAGCUUGUCAUGCAGGAGUAUCUAAAACUUGAAAAAUAUCCCCUCCUUUUGCAGGUGGUUAGAAAGCAUUUACCGUGUCAUUGAUUAAGUGACAGGUAAGUCCUUUGUAACUUAAUCACAGUCUACAUUAAUUUUGCAGCUUCUCUGCACUGGGAUAGAGUCCCCUGUUCUGGACAUAGCCUUGGUCCUGCCUUGCCAAGGACGAGUAACUAACAUGCAGGAACGAAAGCUCUCCACACAAAAGCUGAAGACAAGACCCAGGCAUCUGGCUUCUCAGUAUCCCUUUUCCUUUCUGUUUGUUACUGUGGUUAUCUCCUUCAUGCCCAGAGCAAGAAGAAAUCCAGAGGUUGGAUCUGACCCUUCAAUGAGAAGAUCGAUGGCUCUUUAGCACCUUGUGUGCCCCACUGUGCCUGUCCCCACGUAUAUACACCCAGAAUGGUACCAAGGUGUUAUCAACCAGCUUCACCUCUACCAACUGAUGGGUCAGGAGGGGUGGGACCCUCAGUCAGUUGACAGGGUCCUUAACAAAGGAGGUGCUCAGAGUAGCUGAGAAGCUUCUGGACUGUGUGGUAAUGCCUACAGGUACAUCUGGCCAAACAAUGAAACGGGGUUCCCGCCUAAGACCCCCUUUGAGUGGUCUUCUUGGAGCUGCGGGUCUGUGAACUGGUGUCCUUUCCUUAGACAGGAACACCAUCUAAGGAAACUUCCUGGGAUUCAUGACACCUCACUUCUUUAUUUGAGUGAGUGACUAUCUCUUGUGAGUACCCUGAAGUAAAAGGCCUUUAGUUUUGUUCCUUGUGAGUGACUACAUGCACGUUGUGUAUCCUCAUUAUUCUUAUGAUAUUGGAUUUAAAUAAUCUCCUUAGCUGAUACCUGAACCUGUAUUUUCUGUUAUCAGAGUGCUAAAUAUAUGUAAUACCAUUAUAUGGGUUUUUUGUGGGAAUUGGA